AUGGCUACCCCCGCCGCGCAUCCGCCCACGAGAUGCACCCUACUCGGGCUACCACAAGAGCUGCGCGACCAGGUGUACGGUCAUGUUUUCGCCGACAUCGGAGUCAAGAUUGAACGAGUCAAAGUGGUUGUGCCUCCCAAACUGCGCGCCACGAACGUCCUUCUGGUCUGCCACCAGAUCUACCGCGAGACCGUGAGCAUCUACCGCGAGGGCUACACCUUCCGCUCCGACGAGACCAGCUACGCCUCCCGAGUCUUGUCUCAACUGCCACCCAAGGACUUCCUGCGCAUACGCCGCAUCCACGUCGUGUAUGAUCUGCAGCCAGGACCACAACAAGGACGCUAUCCCACGAGCGCACGCGUUAUACAAAUCAGCACGGCUAUGACCAUGUUGCAUCGAAGAGCUGUGCGGGGGUCUACCCCAGGCGUUACCUCCAAGGCGCCUUUCAUCCGUGUCGUGCUCGAUUCCGGAAUGCUGGUUUGGGAGUCUGGCUUGGAAUUUGAGACCAGUGUCAGCGAGUGCGACAAGCAACUUCAUGCGCAAGAUCGGGCGAAUGACGCAGCAAAUGGUUCAUCUUUCCUCUCGCAGCUUCGGGCGGGCGUCGCAGCAAAUAAUGCAUCUUAG